AUGGAUAUUUGGAACCAGACAACAUUUGUUGAAUUUAUCUUAGCAGGACUAACCAAUGACCACGUCCUUCAAUUACUUUUCUUUGUGGUUUUUCUGGUCAUCUAUAUGUUUUCAUUUCUGAGCAACUUUGGCAUGAUUCUGUUGAUAACCACAGCUAGACAUCUUCAUACUCCAAUGUACUUCUUUCUUGGCCAUCUGUCCUUUGUUGACAUGUGCUAUUCUUCGACUAUCACACCUAAGAUGCUUUCGGACUUUCUAGCAGAGAUCAAAUUUAUUUCUUUAUGGGCAUGUUCCAUACAAAUGUCUUUAUUCGUUAUGUUUGCUACAUCUGAGUGCCUCUUGGUCACUGGUAUGGCAUACGAUCGUUAUGUUGCCAUAUGUCGACCUCUGUCCUACCAUAAUGUUAUGGACAGAUCUAUGUGUUGGAGGCUGGUGACAGCAGCCUAUUGUAGUAGCUGCCUGGCUUCUAUAGUGCAUACAGUAACUAUUUUCAGUUUUCCAUUGUGUGGCUCAAAUAAAAUUAACCAUUUUUAUUGUGACAUCCCUCCACUUUUAAAACUGGUAUGCCCCAAUACCAGCUUUAGGAAAUCUCUUGUAUUUUUCUUGUCUCUAUCGAUGGGUAUUUUUUCCUUACUUAUAAUAUUAACGUCUUAUGCAUUCAUAAUGUCAACUAUUUUAGGGAUUAAAUCCGCUGAAGGAAGAUCUAAAGCAAUCUCCACAUGUGGCUCCCACCUUACUGUAGUUUCUCUGUUUUAUUUUACGGUGUUCUGUAUUUACUUCCGCCCCAGUGUGGGCUUAGACUUGGAGACUAUAGACAAGUUCUUUUCUAUCUUUUAUACUGUGGCUUCACCCUUGUUGAACCCCAUAAUCUACAGUUUCAAGAAUUCGGAAGUAAAAAGAGCCUUGGUCAAUUUUUUUACCAUAGGCAAAAACAUGAAAUUCAUUGUUGAAUCACUUUUUUGA